GGCUGCGCCGGGGCAGUAGCUCCUGGUGCUCACUGGCCGGCGACUCCGGGCGGGGCGGGCCCGGGCCCGAGCUCUCGCCGCGGUCCCCUGCCGGCCGGGGCUGAAGCUGCCAUGCGUCCCGGAGGCCGCGGGCGGCCCCGGCUACGGUCCGGGGAGCGCGGCCUCUUGGAGACGGUCUCACCGCCCAAGCGCCGCCUGCUGCCGCGGGCGCAGCUGUUACCCGUGCUGCUGCUGGCGCUGGCCAUGACCUCGGCCUUGUACACCAUUUGGAGCGCCUGGCACCGCGGGACGGAUGGGCUGCCGCCCGGCCGGGACCUGCGGACGCCGCUGGUCGCGAGCCUCACAGAAGCCCGGCUGCAGCAGGUGGUGGGGCAACUGGACCCGCGGCGUCUCUGGAACAUUUACCUGCGCCCCCUGCUGGUUGUACGGAAUCCGGGCAGCCCUGGCAAUCUUCAAGUGAGAAAGUUCCUGGAGGCCACGAUGCGGACCCUGACGGCAGGCUGGCAUGUGGAGCUGGACCCCUUCACAGCCUCAACGCCCCUGGGGCCACUGAACUUCGGUAACGUGGUGGCCACACUGGACCCGGGGGCUGCCCAUCACCUCACCCUUGCCUGCCAUUACGACUCCAAGUUCUUCCCAUCUGGGUCGGGCCCCUUUGUGGGGGCCACGGAUUCAGCUGUGCCUUGUGCCCUGCUACUGGAGCUGGCCCGGGCCCUCGACCUGGAGUUGAGCAGAGCCAAGGAGCAGGCAGCCCCCGUGACCCUGCAGCUUCUCUUCCUGGACGGUGAAGAGGCGCUGAAGGAGUGGGGACCCAAGGACUCCCUGUAUGGCUCCCGGCAUCUGGCCCAGCUCAUGGAGUCUUUGCCCCACAGUCCCGGCCCCACCAGGAUCCAGGCUAUCGAGCUCUUUAUGCUUCUUGAUCUCCUGGGGGCCCCCAAUCCGACCUUCUACAGUCACUUCCCUCGCACAGCCCGCUGGUUCCAUCGGCUGAGGAGCAUCGAGAAGCGCCUGCACAGGCUGAAGCUGCUACAGGCUCAUCCCCAGGAAGUGAUGUACUUCCUGCCCGGGGAGCCCAUUGGCUCUGUGGAAGACGACCACAUCCCCUUCCUCCGCAGAGGGGUUCCGGUGCUCCACCUCAUUGCCACGCCCUUCCCCUCUGUCUGGCACACGCCCCAGGACUCAGAGGCCAACCUCCACCCGCCCACGGUGCACAACCUGAGCCGCAUCCUCGCCGUGUUUCUGGCCGAGUACCUGGGCCUCUAGCCUGUCGGGCGGAGCUGCGGAGGCAGGCGCCUGGCCGACAGCGAGAAGCGGGGUGAAGCCCUGGGUUUGUCGCCGUACAUAGUGAAUUGUCCAGAGUGAGACAAAAGGUGGUGUUUCCCCAAAGUAUAUCCCCAUGGAGCCUUUCUAUGGGGAAGCACCUCAGAGAAGCGAGGUGCCUCAGAAGCUACUUUGGGAAGUGCUGCAUUUCGACAGGUGGCAUGUCUGUGUUCAGAACGGCAAGGCAGACCUGGACUCACCGCACACUGGCGACACCCAGCCAUCCUUGCCCUUGCAGCUGUGGAGUGUGCGAUGAUGGGUGUUAACUGCAAGUAUUUCCCAACCCUCCGUAUUCAGACUCAGUUGGGGGUGGGGGUGCUUAUUUUGAACAUGCAGACUCCCAGGCCCCACCCAGACCCACUGAAUCAGGAUGAGCAAAAGUCGGAGCACGCUGUCCUUGAGGAUGAGUUGGGUACAUGCAGAGCUGCUUAGGGAACUGAUGGGGGUGAGGGUGUAGAAAGCGGGGUCCUACCUGUGCUCUGGGCCUGCUGGUUGUGUGGCUGAUGACUUGGUUGGCAGCAGGGUGCCAGGCCAGGCUGGAGGGUUAUUAAGGAGUGAGGGUGAGCAUCAGCGUUCUAGGCCAGCUCAAAAGCUGCAGCCGCAGGAGGAUCACUGGCCGAGACUCGGUCUCAGGUGACAGGCUCCGCUGGAAAAGCUCCGUGGUUCACCCCCCACAGCUGCCGAGACUGUGUCCACACCAACUCGCUUGGCCUCUGCCUGCCCUUCCCCUGCUCCCCGAUCCUGAGUUAGGUCUAGUUUGGUUACAUUUUGCUGCGGGACUAAUGGAGUUGCUUAUAGAUUGCUCCCAGAUUCUCCCCUGCAGCUGGGCUGUGACGCCCUUUUCUACCUCUCCAAAAAUCAGCUGUGCUGGACCAAAAACAGCCUGAGACUGGCUGCAAGCAAGAGAGGGUUGGGGCGGGGUGGACAGCCUUGGAGGCCAGGAGAUCAGGGGGCUUGACAGGCAUCAACCACAGGUACAUGGGCACCCUGCACCCGGGGCUCCCAGAAAUAGCAAGACUCCUCUGUGGGAGAGGGAAGGCUGGGUGCUCAGCUCCACGCCCAGCCCUCAGGCCUCCCACGAACACGCUGGCUGGAGGCACCAGGUGCAGCUGAUGUGUAUUUCCACCUGAAGUUGGGGCCAGGAUUGUUCAUUCCAGGUCACAGAGGAGGCUGUGGUGCUGGGCAGUUUUCCUCAACUCCCCAAACUUGCCCCCACCCUCCCGUUCUGCAUGAUUGUGGGGUCACUAAGUGUAUCUGAUGGGCAAUGUCAAGUGACCUGGGUGUGACGAUUUGCACAUCAGUCUUUUGAGGAACUGUCUGUUCUCAGGGUUCGGAUGAGGUGAGCUCUAGGGAAGCCAGGCGCCAAAUCCCAUGUAGCUGGCACCUUCGGGGCACGUGGUAGGUGCCCACUUGGAGCUUGCUGGGCUUAGCGGUGCCAUUUUACCACUCUGGAAUUCACAACCAUCAUUUGUUUAAAUAUUACCUCUGCACCAUUCUCUUCUGAUUCUAGAAUUCCCAUUAAGUGUCUCAGACUUUUUCCGUUUCCGUAACUUUUGAUGUAUGUGGGGGGGGGUACCCCUGUACUACUUUUCAGACCUACUUUCUACUUCAGUGAAUCUUUACUUAUGUAUAAUUUGCUGCUUAGUUCAGCCAUGGAGUUUUCACUUCUGGUUACCAUGUGUGGGUUCUUCCGUAUCUGCUAGGCCACCUCUUAGUCCUGGCUUCCCUGCAGGUAUUUCCAAGUCUUGCAUUAAAACCUGUGACCAGUGACCUCACUAUCUGAUGCCUUCACUGGGGUCUGGCUCAGGCUGCUUUAUCCCCACCCGCUUGGGUACUACUUCUGGUCAUUAUCUGAAUGACUGUGGAGGGUUCUAGGCGCCGGCUCUCUCCGCCAGAUCUGACUUGUCUGUUUCUCCCAGACAGCCCAGCUAGAAGUGCACAGGUGAUAGAAACCCAGCUGAGACCUGAGGCAAGGGCCAGCCUGGGACCCCAAAUCCUCAGGUCUACUUUUCCCCUUCCCUCUGGCCUGGUGCUCCUUUCAGAAUUCAGAACAUUUCCUCGCAGUCCUCUGGGUCACCCUUACCUGAGCUGCGUUCAGUGGGAUGCCAGGUCCACGGGCGCCUCACCGUGGCAGGCUGUGGCCAUGACUUCGCCUGCUCGUCGCAGUAAGACUACAAACAGGAAACCCGAGUUGUCCACAUCAGCAAACACCCUCAGAGUAGAAACCGGCUUCAGGGUCCCAGGUACUUUCCCUUAAAUUUCUGGCUGAGUGUGUCCUGAACUGAGCUUGGAGGGGUCUGGUUCUGGGUACUUCAAGGCCACCUUUACCUGCCCAGCACUGGACUGCUAAAUAAAAACCAAGCUGUUUAAGCUGC